GCAAGAUUUCGAGCAAAUUUGUCCGCAACCAAAUCCCUUAUUCCCAAUGCUUUCUCCAUCAUUCCGACAUGCGCGAACUCUACUUGACUGUCGCCUACGCCCAAUAUGCCGAAUAGACGCGAUAUGUGCGUCGCUACCGCCCCGUGGCAUCCAUGCUCGGCACCAAAAUACCGCCAGCAACUCAGGAGAUGAUGCACCUAAUGAUACAGAACGCGAACUUAGCAACGAUCCUGACCUGUCCGGUCGACAAUUUUCGCGUCGGAAACCCCAAACUCAUCGUGACCGCCGGGGCUAUUUCGGGAGGAAAGUGGGCCUCAGUGUUUCUGCCCUUGGACAGCCCGGGGAGGUCAUCGUCCUUGGAGAAAAGAACAAACGCUCGAAAGUCCUCUUCAAAGACGACCGGAAAGAAAGUGUCCAGGGAGAUGGCGCCCAAUAUAUGCUGCAGCAUAUUGGGGAAACCAGUCCUGAUAAUACCAGCGUUGCCAUUGAGAGUUUCGCCGAAGACUACAAACUACAUACGAACCUUAGCGAGCCCGAUUUUAAGGCCCUCCGAGAAAAAUUACAAUCGUCCUUCACGUAUGCGCAGAUGAAGGAGUACAUUGAUGCUCAUCCUAAGCCCGGUAUGCUUCAGCAUUCCAGUUAUAUGAGAUGGAACCCCGGAACCUCUCCUUACUUUGAGCUUAAAAGUGGCCACGGCCACAGCGUCACUACUCGAAUUGCAGAUACCAAGGGGCUACAAUCUCUGCCGCGCAAGUUUGUUCUUGCCGAAAGGAUCCUCCGGGAUUGCUGGCAGGUCGGAGUCGUUGAUGAGAUUGGCCAACUCGAUGUUCGCCUUCCCUCGCACCACCUAUCGCUUUUUCUGGGUUCAACGCACUUUUCCUUCGAAGAUUUAGCCGGUAUGAAUGACGCAAGUAUCGAUGUUGUGCAUACUAUGGGGCUUGUCAGAGUUACCGGGAAACAACGGUCCUGCGAAAACGUCGCAGACGUGAUACACGACGCUACAAACAGGAUUAAGCAUGUCAACAUCGGCAUUGAGCUCGACGAGGCGAGCGCCAAAGGAAUAUUCAGUUCUAAGUUCCUGUCAUGGGUGUCGGAAACAUACAAGGUCUCGUUUGAGCAAAGCUCUUCCAGCAUCCCACAAAGGCUAUUCUACCUUCUUGAGAACAAAGGGGAUGCGAAGAAUGCUCGAAGAACUCUUCACCUAGCGCUGAACAAGGCCCGAUCACCCCCUGUCCCUUUCAGCACAUAUAUGUCUGCCUCCGAGCAGGCAGAUGUUCAUGAUGUCAAUACAGAGACUACCGCGUCUUGGCCCAAUAGAGGGAAGCCGUGGUUCCGCUGGGAAAUCCCCUCAACGCUACGAAAGUCCAAAAGUCCAUCCGAGUUUCUCUUCAAUACUAGCCAGUCCGCCAUCUCAGACGAGCUGUUAAACUUCCUUCAGCGAAAGUCAUCUACCAGUGCCAGUUACGUAUCAGUUCCCAGCGUCAGGGAGUCUAUAACUGCUGCAGCUGGCAAAUGCCUCUUCUUGCAUAAGCCCUUCCUCGAGGAGAAACGAUUAAGUGCCGCUCAAUUAGGGCAGUUGUCUUUCUCGAGGACUUUUGUCAAGGAAGUCCCCCGUGCGGGCCACCUCAUGCGCUCAUUGACACCAAGAUUAAGUGAAGAAGGCACGAGAACCCAUCGCAUUCGGCUUGUUCCAGCUGCUUCUCAUGCAGAUGUCCUCCCACAGCUCGAGUUGGAGGUUGAAACUCCGGCAAUAUUCAACGACAGCAGCGAAGAUCCAUGUGUUAUUCGCGGUGCCAAAGCCAUUCUAGACGAAACCAGCGUUGACUAUCUACUCCCGGAAGCCACAGCAGACAUUCGGUUCACAAGGAGUGCGACCCAUGACCUUUUGACUGGGCCACAGGAAGUGUACUCCUUGGAAGGCGUUCAAACCGGUCUCCGCCGAUGUUUUAGGAAGAAUAGGAUUACCACCAGUGCGGUUCCGUUACCAGUGUCCACUAUGAUCACCCUGCCAUCUUACCUUUCGCGAAGCGUUGAUGCAGACCAAUCUUCGACUGUUACAGCGGAGUACCUAUACGUGCCGGUGAACGACGCCCUAGGUGACACGGUGACUUACAAGUAUGAAUUCCAGAAUCAGCGACUCGUCUUUUCUUCCUCUGAAGGUGGACCAUUCGAAGCGUCCAUGACAGAUGAUUUAUUCCUGCAGAUGGAACUUGGGGAUAAUCACUCUGCGGCUUCAACCAAGUCUCUUCAAGAUGAGUUCAAGUCAUUUUAUAGCGCGGCGUGUGCAUUAUCAUUUGAACUCGACCUGGUUUGAUAUAAAAUGAUAGACUAUUCUGCAGGUGCAAAUCGGUGUUUAUGGCUCUAUUGGCGAAGUCAUGGUUGGAUGGGAAUGGACAUUAGCGAGCUGUGUAUAAUAAUAUAUGUAUAGAAAUAGCCUGGUUACCUGUUGCGAAACAAAGAGAGCGCCGGCUUUGUUAUCCGGCAAUGCCCAAGUCAGUCGUUGUCCGGUAGUAUGCUUAAACAAUCAUCAAUGCAUGGCGGGAGCCAAUCCGGGGAAUUGACGUAGUUCAUGUGGUCCAGGCUAGCGAGCGAGGGGCCGCGCCGC